CUUAACUUUUAAAAUAUCGAACAAAAACCACAUCUUGUUGUGUAGAGCCAGACGUAAUAUUCCCUUUAGCAAAAGGACCGUCUAACAAUGCACUGAUGAGUGGUAUUCUAUCGGAUAAUACUUCCGAUGUGUUAACUUUUGUAAUUUUCCCAAUAUUCAUAUGCCAAAAUAUUCGCAAGAAAACAGAACUUUAUCUCGAUGUCACAAUUUUGUAUAAUCUAGUGCAUGUCCACCACAUGUUUAUCAAAUCAGCAGAUACAUGAAAAGCUUAAUCUUCCUUAUCAUCAACCUCGUCGUCGCUUCCUGCCACAUGGCAACGUCGAUGUACAAUGUACUUAUGUACACAGACUCGAGAUUUGAAGAAUGCGUAGGACGCAUCCUUUUCAAUCAUACAAAUCGCUGCUAUCCGCUAUGUACACAAAAUGAAAACGUCGCUGCCUUUGCCCUUGAUGACUACCCUCAAGGAUCACGGCUCGUAGUUUUUGAAGAUUUUGAGUGUCAAGGCAACUUCAUAGCUGGGAGCAAAGAAUUGAAGGCUGACUUAUCGACGGUCGCCUCUGCUCGUAAAGUUCGAUCGUUCAUUUUAUCGACUAAUUUGCCUGUUGUCCCCGUGCAAAGCAUUGUACACUCGUGUCAUGAAAAGAGUGACAUCAUAUACAACUAUCUCACUACUUAGAAAAGAUGAAAACAUU